ACUCAAGGAAGACCAAGCACUCGUACCCACAGUACCAGUACUACCUCCAUCAGUUCAUUGCGAUCACUCUCAUCUCAGGACCGCUGGCUGGAGCUCCAAAAGUUGCCUUGGACUUGAGUUUUGAUCCUUAGCACUUUAUAGCUCGAGAGACACCGCCGCCUAGGAAACCCAACUACUUAAUGGCGGUGGACCACGAGCCUACAGAGGAGGAUUGGCAAAAUGCUCAGCAACCUCACUGGAAAGGUCUAGGUCUCACAGACCCAAUCAAGACAAUAGAGGACAAAUGGUUGUUACUUCCGGCCUUUCUUAAAGUGAAGGGUUUGGUGAAGCAACAUAUCGAUUCGUUCAACUACUUUGUCGACGUGGACAUUAGGAACAUUCUCAAAGCAAAUAGCAAGGUUACCUCCGACGUCGAUCCACGCUUCUGGCUGAAAUAUAUGGAUAUUACUGUUGGCUUCCCAGACAGGACUGACGCAGAUGCCAUUGACAAGAGUGUCACACCACACGAGUGUCGGCUCAGAGACAUCACUUAUAGUGCGCCGAUUCUUGUUACCAUUCAGUACACUCGAGGCAAGAACAUCAUUAAACGACCGAAUGUUCUCAUCGGCCGUCUACCUAUUAUGCUGCGAAGCAACAAGUGCGUCCUGACCGGAAGAACCGAAGCACAGCUAGCCCGCAUGACUGAGUGUCCACUCGAUCCCGGCGGAUAUUUCAUUGUGAAAGGAACCGAGAAAGUCAUUCUCGUUCAAGAACAGCUGAGCAAGAAUCGUAUUAUUGUCGAAGUAGACCCAGUAAAAGGUGUUGUACAGGCGUCGUGUACUUCAUCAACGCAUGGUGGUCUGAAAUCGAAGACAUACGUCGCUACAAAGAAGGGGAAGAUUUACCUACGACACAACUCCAUCCACGAAGACGUCCCGAUCGCCAUUGCACUGAAAGCACUUGGAAUCCAGUCUGACAAAGAGAUUCUGCUCAUCACAGCCGGCAAUACCGAAGCAUACAAGAACGCCUUCUCACCAAACUUGGAAGAUGCUGCUAAACUCGGUAUCUUCACUCAGCAUCAGGCAUUAGAGUGGAUCGGUUCUCGCGUCAAGGUUAACCGCAGGGUUGUUGGGCCACGACGACCUUCUUGGGAAGAAGCUUUGGAGGCACUCGCGACCAUCGUUCUUGCACACGUGCCCGUCAAUGGCCUCGACUUCAGGGCGAAAGCCAUCUUCGUUGCGACUAUGACACGUCGCGUUUUGAUGGCUAUGGAAGAUGAGAGCAUGGUCGAUGACCGCGAUUACGUCGGUAAUAAGCGUCUGGAGCUUGCUGGUCAACUGCUAGCCCUACUCUUCGAAGAUCUCUUCAAGACAUUCAACACAAACCUUAAAUCGGCGAUUGACAAAGUACUCAAGAAACCUUCCCGGACGAGCGAAUUUGAUGCCUUUAACACCAUGCAAUUUCAGGGCGAUCACAUUACUGCUGGUUUCGUGCGAGCGAUAUCCACUGGUAAUUGGUCCCUCAAGCGUUUCAAGAUGGACAGAGCAGGUGUUACUCACGUUCUCAGUAGACUCUCCUUCAUCUCUGCCUUAGGUAUGAUGACCCGUAUCUCGUCACAAUUCGAGAAGACAAGGAAAGUCAGCGGACCUCGUGCGCUACAGCCCAGUCAAUGGGGUAUGCUUUGUCCGAGCGAUACGCCUGAAGGAGAGGCUUGCGGAUUAGUGAAGAACCUGGCUCUCAUGACGCAUAUCACCACUGACGUGGAGGAGGAGCCUAUCAUCAGGAUCGCUUUUAUGCUUGGCGUCGAAGACAUAAGUCUUGCGACAGGCUCUGAAAUCUACGGUCCUGGUACCUUCGUGGUGAACGUCAACGGUAAUAUCAUUGGGCUUACACGUUACCCAACACGUUUUGUGGGCAACUUCCGGCGUCUCCGUCGUGCUGGGCGGUUCAGUGAGUUCGUGAGCAUAUACAUUAAUCACCACCACCGAACGGUGCACAUCGCCAGCGACGGUGGACGGAUCUGCCGACCAAUUGUUAUCGUGGAGAAUGGGAAGCCUCGUGUGACUUCAGAGCACAUAACGCAAUUGAAAAGUGGCCUGCUAACCUUUGAUGACUUCUUGCAUAGAGGUCUAGUGGAGUAUCUCGAUGUCAAUGAGGAAAACGAUUCCUACACUGCACUUUACGAGCAAGAUAUCGUUCCCACGACAACUCAUCUCGAGAUCGAACCCUUUACGAUCUUGGGAGCAGUUGCUGGGCUCAUCCCCUACCCUCAUCACAAUCAGUCUCCACGUAACACGUAUCAAUGUGCCAUGGGUAAACAGGCCAUCGGUGCGAUUGGGUACAAUCAACUCAAUCGGAUUGAUACUCUGCUCUAUCUAUCAGUCUAUCCCCAAAAACCGAUGGUCAAGACGAAGACCAUCGAGCUAAUAGGUUAUGACCGACUUCCUGCCGGACAGAAUGCUACCGUUGCUGUAAUGAGUUACUCCGGAUACGAUAUCGAGGAUGCUCUCAUUCUGAACAAGGCUAGUUUAGAUAGAGGGUAUGGCCGCUGUCAAGUCUUGCGGAAGAACGCCACACUCAUCCGCAAGUACCCCAACGGCACGUUUGACCGACUGGCAGAUGCACCGGCGGAUGAAAACGGUCUGGUUCAAAAGAAGUACGAUAUUAUCCAGCUGGAUGGUUUGGCAGGAGUGGGGGAACGUGUUGACCCAGGGGAUGUAUACAUCAACAAGCAGACUCCGACAAACGCGAACGACAAUUCCUUUACGGGUCAAGCAGCAAGCGUGCCGUACAAGAAUGCGCCCAUGACGUAUAAGUCGCCCGUGCCGGGAUACAUUGACAAGGUUAUGAUCACAGACACAGAGAAUGAUCAGACCCUCCUGAAGGUGCUCAUUCGCCAAACGCGGCGCCCGGAACUCGGAGAUAAGUUUUCGUCACGACACGGCCAGAAGGGUGUUUGUGGCCUGAUUGUGAACCAAGAGGACAUGCCAUUCGAUGAUCAGGGCAUCGUGCCAGACACGAUCAUGAAUCCGCAUGGUUUCCCUUCUCGCAUGACUGUCGGGAAGAUGAUCGAGCUAUUGGCCGGGAAGGCCGGAGUUCUUGCCGGAAAGCUGCAAUAUGGUACAGCGUUUGGAGGCUCCAAGGUGGAAGACAUGUCCCGGAUUCUCAUCGAGAACGGCUUCAGUUACGGAGGUAAAGACAUGCUUACGAGCGGCAUUACGGGUGAAUCAAUGGAGGCCUACGUGUACUUUGGACCUAUCUAUUAUCAGAAACUCAGUAAGUUCGGCUUGACAUUCAGCGGUAAAAUGGGAAGUUUUCUGAUUCAAACCCGCAAUAGAGCAUAUGGUCAUGGACAAGAUGCAUGCUCGUGCGAGGUCCCCGAGCGACAUUGACCCGACAACCAACGGAGGGUCGUUCGCGCGAGGGUGGUCUGCGUCUCGGAGAGAUGGAGCGGGAUUGUCUAAUUGGAUAUGGCGCCACACAACUACUGCUAGAACGGCUUAUGAUAUCCUCGGACAAGUUCGAAGUGAACGCUUGCCAGGAGUGUGGCCUCAUGGGCUACAACGGGUGGUGCACUUACUGCAAGAGCUCCAAGAAAAUGUCACAAUUGACAAUUCCUUAUGCUGCCAAGCUUUUAUUCCAAGAGGUUCGUCUGCCGUUUGUCCCCCUAAAUACUUUAUUUGACAGCGUGCUCUAGCUGAUGGCCAUGAACGUUAUUCCUCGGCUGGUGCUGGACGAUGCAUAAUUAUGACUGUACGCUAUGCACACGACCUAAAUUAUAUCAUCUACUCGCAUUAUGACCCAUGGUUCUCCAUCACAAAAUGUAUUGUAGCACUCGCAUUGGUAGUUAGAAUGUUUCCUGCACUGUAUUAUUCAAUGAAGUCCGUGUUGACAGAAUCCAAGUUCGUGAGCGC